AUGGCAAAUACUCCCUUUAUAACUGGCCAUCUGGCCCAUGAUCUACUACAUACUCUCGCAGAUCUUGACAAAGGAGAUAAACUCCUUGGAAUCAGCUCACUUCUCGGAACCUCUGUUUCAACGACUGAAACUACUGUGAAGCAUCCAAAAGGGCUUGUGGCAGUGAUUUUGUUGCAAUGGCUGGUUGUGUACUUGGUUCGCCACUUAAUCCUCCGAACAGCAGGAACCUUGAUGGUAGAAACAAAAACACGAUACCAUCAUGAUCGAGACUCCUCUAGGCUUUUCAACCACACCAAUCUAGGAUACCUUCGCCACGCCCUUGCUUCUCCUAGAAGAUUACGUAGAGACAUCAUUCUGGGUUUCACCUACAACACACUCUUCUUGCUUCUCAGCAACUUGGUCUCUAGUUUCUCAUCUUCGGCCAGCUGGGAGAUACUCUCUCAAAUCAUCGUGGGUCUGCUUUUAGCAAACCUGCAUCUACGCUGGACUUGCACCAUUCUCUCUGCCAAGAAGCCCUUGAGGACGGGGACGAUAUCGCUUCCGAGGAGAGAGUUGAUACUGCCAACGAUGGUGGAUGUUCUUGCUCAGCAAGUGACGGCGAGAUUACCUGUGUAUAUCAGCAAAACGAUCUCUGGACUUGCCUUGGACAGGCUCGAAGGCAUUGCUGUUGCAGAUGCUAUUAUUCUGAUCACGGCUUUUGGGUUACGAUUGCUUGUUCUGUAUCCUGCUUUCGCUGCUCGUGUCUACAAGGAAAUUCGGCAGCUAGAUACGAAAAGAACAACGGAUAGUGUUUCUGCCAAUAGAGAAAGAACUUCGGGAUUUGGAGCAAAGGUAUAUGGCGAGACCGUAAGGUUUUGCUUCAGAAAAACUGCGCUUGGAUUUGUGCUUUUACAUUUGCAAAUGGUUUUGGUGCUUGUGGUGUUUGAGCUAGUAAUGAGUCCUGUUCUUUAUAGAGUGGUCUUUUGA